AUGGAGGGACGACUAGAAUCUGGAGGUUUCUUCAAGGCAGCUUUUCAAGACAAUGGAUUUAGAGAGGGAGCGGAGAAUAAGAUGGAUCUACCUGAAGAUAAGCCGUAUAUUUUUCAGGAAUUUGUUACCUGGAUGUAUACCGCACAAGUUGGAAGCCUUCAAAUCCAAACUGCAGAGGACGAAUCCGGUCGCGAUCUUGCUAUUAUUGAGCUUCACAUUUUCGCCGACAAGUAUCAGAGUGGGCAGCUAAUGAACUUUACCAUGGAUUUGCUUCAGGAUUCUCUCAACACCAGCUGCAAACCUCUUUCGUUCCGAGAACUCGAGACGGUCUUUAAAUUCACGAAACCCAGGUCUCGUCAACCCUUACGAUGCUUUGCUAUAGCAAUGAUGGCUUGUACUGUUCUUCACGGUCCAAACUAUUCUUCGGCCCAGAGAAUGGAAAGAAUAUUCAAAGAGAUUGAUGGUGCGGCGAUCGAGAUCCUUGAGUAUAUACCUAUGCUCCUUUUAACACAUACGAGGACCCAUAAAGAUCCAAGAUAUCGUACGGAGAAUCCUGUAAUCGAAGAAGAGGGAUUUGAGAUUUGCAAGUUUCACCGACACAAAUUCGAUGAAGUCUGUAACACGGAACCGAACAAACCAACAACCGUGUGGAAUUAG